AUGACUUCGUUGAACCUGGAAUGGAGGUGUUUUUCUACAGGCAAUGAGGAUGACAAUUAUGUAAAAUGCUCAAAAUGCAAAGCAGCUUAUCACUAUCUAUGUCUCUCUGCGGGACAGAAAAAGCUUACGCCCACUAACGUCCCUAAGGAUCGGUUGUGCCCUAAAUGCAGAGAAUCAACACCCAAGGGGUCCAAAAAUGACAAUACACCAAUUCGUCAGCUGCAGAAUGUCACCGUGCGCCCUUCAAAAAGGCCAGCUAUGUCGUCUCCACCGUGUAAACAAGACUCCCUUGUUACGCGUGAAGGAAUCCGCGAAAUUAUGGAAGAAGUUCUAUUAAAGCAUAUGGAGGAUUUUAAGAUGCAUUUUUGUUCUGUAUUAUCUAGAGUGAAAGAAGAAGUAUCUAGCAUAAGUAAAGCUAUGAAUUACAUGAGCGACCAAGUAGAGGAUAUUUUGUUAAAAUAUAAUGAGAGUAAUGGUCUGAUCAAAACGCUGUAA